GCCAUGCCUUCAUCGGCCUGGGAGGUACUUUUACUCACGCAGGCGCAGUGAUAUACCUGCAUAAGCCACACCUCCAUAAAGCAGUAUUCUCCUUAUAAACGACGCCAUCACACACUUUUAUGAACGUGUGUAUUUCCGCUUCCGAAAGCGAGUCUACCCUAAUUCUUGGCUAUUCUAGAUAUCAAUCUCACGGUUAAGCAAAUACCUUUCAAAUACAAAGGCAAAACAAACAACAAAAAAUAACGGGUAAUUAUUAAGUUCCUCAUCUGAAAUACUUUGUUCAUUUUUGAGAAAUCACGAAUAACUUGGCAAAGCUUGGCUGCAGAUAACUUUUAGGAUAAACUACAAUUCACAUAUUUCUGUUUUAAAUUUGUUGCAAACUCCUGUAGAGAUAUACAAUUAAUAGGAACAUGGCGACAAUCUCCGAAAGUGACCUGCUGGAGGAUAUAAGAGAGAUUCACGAUAUCGUUAAAGAUUACAAGCCAGGUAAAAACGUCACCCUUCCCGACAAGAUUUCCUUUCCCGAAAACCUCUUCGUUGGAUUGUUUGGAAGAACUGGGUGCGGAAAAAGUUCUCUGAUAAAUUCCCUAAAGUUUGCAGCUCAGGGACGUUUGAGAAAGUCGCAAUGGAUUGAAGUAGCAAGUCAGGAGAAAGCAGGGGGUCAUACCAUGUUCAGAAAGAUCGCCAAUUUGACCCAAUGCAUCUACGUCAUUGAUAACCGAGGACUAGACAACCCUAGUGCAGAAGAAGUUCAUGCUGAAAUAGCAGCACAACUUGACGGAGACCGAGGCUACAGUGAACAGGUCCAAUGGUUAGGUGAAGAAGUACAACGGUUCGAUAUCCCGGCAGUUGAUCGUAAGAAAGGACACCCAAUAACAUGUGCUGUUUUCGUGUUUAGCGCUAUUCAUGACAUCAAAUCAGAUUUUGCUGGGCUCAAUCACUUGGUUGAUUUUCUGCACCGUCGCCAAGGGUGUUACCCCGUUGCCGUCAUCACCCACGUUGACGUAGCCGAGCGAAACGACAUCGACAUCCUGCUCGCUGUUCUCCGGGUCUCAGGGAUCGGCGAUAUCUACGAGGUGGCCAACAUCACCAACGAUAAGACCAAACUAGAUGCGCAGUACCAACUGAAUCUUCUGAACCUGAUCGAGAGAUGCAUAACCAUUGGAAAUGAUACAGCUGUCUUCAAGCACUACCAACGUGUGGAGCUGGAGCAGAAGGCGGAGAAGGCGAAGAUGGGUCCGACAGAGAAACCAGUGCCAACAGCAAAGGUAUCACAUCAAGGGGCUCAAAGCGUCAAGAGGACGGAGAAGAGUCAGGAGUGGGAAAUGGUGGAGGGGGAAAGAAGAGAGGUCGAACAACUCAAGAAAGACCUUGAGAAGAGAAGUAUGGAGCUGGAAUUCCUGGAGCGGGAUCAUAAGAUGAAGAUGGAGUUUGAGAAGCAGCAGCAUGAGCUUCAGAUGGAGCGACAGAAGCUGGAGUCACGCGAGAUGCAACUCCAGGAAGAAGAGCGGGAACGUCGGUUCCAAGAACAGUUGCGGAAAAUAGAGGCUGACAAACGUGAAGAGCUCAUGCGCAUCAUGGAGGCCAACAGAUCUAAGGGUCAUGGAUUCCGACCAGUAAUCAAUCUCCCUGGCUGCCCAAUACAGUGAUCAACAAUUUUAUAAUUAUUAUAACUAUUUGGCAUACUGCGCCAUAUUUGUGGCAUAAAUUGGUUGGAAUAGCAGCUAACUAGUAUAAAUAUUGUUCUUAAUUUCUCUUGACCGUUAGCAAAGCAAAAACAAAAUACUUUGUCGAUAGGUCCUUCUAUGCUCUGCUCCACGUUUGUGGAAUUCUCUUCCAGCUUCCCUUCGUUGCAUCUCUGAUAUUACCUUGUUUAGAUCAAAAUUAAAACCAACCUAAUGGAAAAGGCAUAUUCAACCAUGAACCUACUUAAACCUAGUUCUUUAAUAGUGACCUUAACUUGCUAUCUUACGUUUGAUAAUUUCUCUUUUGUUCUCUUUUCAUUUCUCUGUUAAAUUUUACUUCCAUCAAUUUAUAUACAUUUAUACGACGUUAUAUAUCUCGUUAAGUGAAUUAUAUCUACUCUGAAUGAGCCAUGAAAUAAAAAUGAAGUAAUUGAUGAAUCCAGUGAUAGAUGGGCUAUGUAGCACUACUUUGUUACUUUGUUACGAGAUGUAGUACAUUGGUGAACUAAGGCAUUAAGACACACGGAUCUUCAGAAUUCGUGGGAAAUUCGUGGGAAAGAUCCAGAUCUUUUUAUUGAUAGCAUAAAACUGAAUCAGGUUACUGUGUGUAAAUACCUUGGGAAAUACACUCGUUAGAUUGGGAUAAACAUGUGAAACAUUUGUGUAAAAGUACUGUGAAGAAUUUGCAUUUGUUAAAAAGAAUAAGACAUUGCAUCUCGCAAAACCCGCAUUAUUUUUUAUAAGUCACUUGUUCAAAGUAAAUUGGAUUAUUGUGAUGUUGUUUGGAAUAAUACGAAGAAACAAAAUAUUCAAAAACUACACAUUUUACAAAAUAGAUUACUUAAAACAAUAAUAAGAGUGGAAAAAGAUACUCAACUUGACUUUUGUAGGACAAUUUGUGUUUGGAUACCUUAGUUGAGAGACGUAACAAAUAUGUUUUAUGUAUAAUGUAUAAAAUUGCAGAGCAAUUAACCCCGGAUUAUCUUUUAAGUAAAUUUAAUUUUAAACACGCUUCCUAUAGCUUAAGAAAUGCUCGUCGUAUAU